UCUCUCUCGAUCGAUCGAUCGAUCGAGCUCUCGAGCUCUACUUUAAUGGCGAUCGCCCCUCUUCCUCUUCCCCAAAACCCUAAACCCUGAUAAACCGGAGUCGUCGAGCCCUCCUCCCCUUCCCUCUCACAAGUGCCCAAACCCCCCUUCUCCCACCCACAACCGCCCCCUCGUCGCACCCUCGGAUCGCCCAAAAACCCUUAAACUCACCUCGCCAAAACCCUAACCCGAAGCUUAACCCUAGUACCCUACUCCAGAACCCUAGGUUCUACUCUCCGAUGGCUCAAAACCCUAGCUUACCCCCGAUUAACUCCGCACGGGGGCUCUCUGCGCAGAUUCCCAAUGGAACUCGGGCGGCGGCGCCAUCGACCGGGGUAGCUAAUUGUUAUGUGUUCAAAAGCCGGUUGCAAGAGUACGCGCAGAAAGCCACUCUUCCCACUCCCGAAUAUCAAACAAUAAAAGAAGGCCCUUCACACGAGCCCGUGUUCAAGUCCACGGUGAUCGUCAACAAUGUCAGAUACGAUUCUCUACCUGGAUUCUACAACCGUAAGGCGGCGGAACAGUCGGCUGCUGAGAUUGCACUCAAGGAGAUACAUAAGUCCGGCCAGAUGACUGAAUGUAUCCCUACAGUUCAUGCAUCCGGCCUGUGCAAGAAUAUGCUCCAGGAGUAUGCACAGAAAAUGAAUUAUGCAAUCCCAUCUUACAUAUGCACCAAACAAGCCUCGGGGCCAACUCUGUUCACAUGUACAGUUGAGAUCGGUGGGAUACAAUAUAUAGGGGCUGCCGCAAAAACGAAAAAAGAAGCAGAAAUAAAAGCUGCACGAACAGCUCUUCUAGCUAUUCAGAGUCAGUCUUCCAAGGGCGUUAAUGGCGCCUCACAAUACACCGUACUACCCGGCAAAAAGAAGGGCAAGGAGCCCGAGAUAAAGGCUGAAGCCCCCCCGAAACAACUUAAACCCAAGAAGUCCAAUUUCAAGAAAAAAUGGAAGAAAAGGAGAUUUCCUCGAAAUAACGUGAAAACGGAGAAGGAUGAACCUGGAACUGGUAAGAUGGAAGAUUCAGCAGCAGACGUUCUGCCCCCUAACGUUCCUGUAUUACAAUCUGAAGGCCAAAAUCAUCAAUGUGCAGUUGAGACAGUCCCGGGCACAAAUGGGUUCUUUCAUGAAGCAGCGGCGGUGGGAUCAAAUUUUAAUUAUAUUGGGCAAGAUAAUAAUGGCGUCGAUUGUUCGAUUAGGGCUGAUGAUCUUAGAAUGGAAAGUCAAUGAGUUCAAGUGCGUGUUAGGAUGAUGAACAUCGGACAUUGGUUUCGGCGUAGCUUAUAACUUAUUGUAUGUAAAUUGUGAGCUCCUGCCUGAUAAUCUCCUCGAUUACUAUUCUAUCAUUUUCAAAGGAGAGUUAUUUUGCAAUUCAGAUUGGUUAUAUAGGCCACUUAUAUCUCAUAGCCCAUUUUACAUCUUAAUAUACUCAUUUUGUUUUAAUCAUUUCCUCAUGUGUGUUUCUGGGCUGUGGAGCCAUCAUUUAUAGUA